UCAUCCCGUCUCCUCCCCGUCCCCGGCCCGCGUCUCUUCGCCGCCUCCCUCGGGCCUGCGGCCGGGGUCCCACCCCGCCUCCCCACCCUGCUCGGAUGCCGAAGGUGAAGGCGCUGCAAUGCGCCCUGGCGCUGGAGAUCCGCUCUGUAACUUGUCCCGGAGUGGUGCUGAAAGACAAGGAGGACAUCUAUCUUAGCAUCUGUGUAUUUGGCCAAUACAAAAAGACACAAUGUGUCCCAGCCACUUUUCCACUGGUCUUCAAUGCCAGAAUGGUGUUUGAAAAGGUGUUCCCUGAAGCCGUAGACCCUGGAGACGUGGUAGCACAGCUUGAAUAUGAUACCACAUUGUUUGAAUUGAUUCAGCUAGUUCCACCAGUGGGUGAAACACUAUCUACAUAUGAUGAAAACACACGAGAUUUCAUGUUCCCGGGUCCCAAUCAAAUUUCUGGACACCAUGAUUCAAACCGCCAGGUUACCAUGAGGAGAAUUUCUGGCCUUCGAGGAAUUGCUCCAAAACUGGAAUUUUCUACAACAUCAGUGAUUACUGAGUGUCUUAUAAGUUCAAGGAAGUGCCGCACUCAGGAUAAAUUUCUUUACCAUACAACUCCAGUUGACAAAGCAAAUGGCAAACUGCAAACCAAAUCAAGGUCACAAAAGAAAAAGUCAAAAUCACCUGACAGAAAUAAAUAUUGCCUAAAUGCGAAAAGCUACGAACAGCCUACAAUUUCUUCAAAAUCACACUCUCCAUCUCCCUACACAAAAAGACGGAUGUGUGAGCUCUCUGAAGACACCAGGCGACGGCUGGCCCAUUUAAAUCUGGGACCCUACGAGUUCAAAAAGGAAACCGACAAACCUCCGUUUGUGAUUAGACAUGUUGAUCCCCCAAGUCCCAGGACAGAUAAUGCAUUUGCAUCCUCUGGCAGAGACUGUGAAAGAGAUGGAUGGUCCAGGAUGCCCCAUGAUCAUGCUCAUCUUGGCUGUUGUCGUUCCAAGGAUUAUAAGGUCAUCAGGACACCCCAUGGUAGAGAAUUUGAAGACUCUUUGGAAAGAUGUGAUGACUAUUUGACAAGGUCAUGCAGCAAGCCUGAUCAUACGGCUAGAACCUUACUUGUUCAUUCAGCACCUUCAACAGGGCCAAAGCAUCUUUCUGCAAGUCCUGUGUUAAAUCGAGCUUCUCUCAGGGAAAGAUUCCAUUCUGAUUGGUACUCACCUCCAAACUGUGAUGAAAUCCAUGACCGGGUAAAAAAAAUCUUGAAAUCACAUCGGGCUCAUCCAAGAUCUCUAUAUGUUAGUCUCUAAAAUUUACUGUUGAAGGCUUUUAGAAUUAUUCAAAAAGCCACUCAAGAUCCUUAAAGCUUACAGUGGUCUCAUUGGAAACGAAGAGAAGUAUAUAAUUGCCAUUUGAUGUUACUAAAAGGCAGCUUAUCUAACUUCUGGUUGACACAUAACACCUGAACUGUAAAGAAUAUUAAUGCUAAUUACCUCAAAGCCUUCAAAAUUUGGAAAGACAAUAGCAUAAAGAAUUUCCAUUUCUUGCAAAUCGAUUUUAUUCUAAAUGGUGGAAUGAAGGAUGGUGAGAAAUUUGUAUUUUGAAGAAGCUUUAUUUGUUUCUCUUUGAUGGACUUUUGGUCUCUUCUGGUUUUCGCCUAGGUUUUAGUCUAUUAGGCUGUGAUCUUAACAGUGCUAUCUUUCAGGGUAUGUGGAAGAUUUAAUUCCAUAAUUUCGACCAAUUAUCUGAUUACAAUAUGAUUUCAUUGGAGUAACCACUUUGCGACAUGACUUGCCUUCAAUUGUUAGUAGAAUUGGAAGAGGCUUUGGAGACUUGCAGCCUACAAGAUAUAGUCAGGGGCCAAGGGUUCCCCACAUAGGGUGUAAGGAGAGAACCACUUCUACAUGUGAAUCUUUAAAAGUCCUCACUGAAGAAGGCUUAAGAACUACAUGUCUGGAGUUCAGA